AUGCCACAGGCCAAGAACGGCAGUGGUGGUGACGCUGCAGCACAGCUACAGACCCAUAAAGGUGACGACAAUAGUACAUCAUCGGGGCCACAAGACAGCUCGCCAGAUGCCAUGAAAAUAGCACCCUACAACGACGAUCCCGAUCUUCCCUUGUACACUAUUGAUCAGGCGCCGAAACAUCUUUCCGAUAACAUAUACAUUUUAACGGGAUACCGUGUGGGAUACACUGCACGAAUGUGUGCGCGCAGUAUUCUGGCCCUUCAUAACGAAACAUUCAACAUUUGGACCCAUCUUAUUGGUUUUGUGGUAUUCCUUUUUGUAAUUGGUUGGUUCUUUGUGCUUGUUCUUAUUCCCUCGUCGCACCAACAACAAAAUGAAGACGCACUCGUUGCUUCCCACACUGAAUCAAAAGGAGUGACGCUCUUUCUCUUUGCAGCCUAUUCUUUUGGUUGCCUGAUGUGCAUGCUGUGCAGUUCGCUUUUUCACACAUUGUUGUCGCACAAAAGCGCGACUGUAUAUUCCUGGGUGCAUGCGUUAGACUAUUUUGGUAUCACGUUUCUUGUGGUUGGGUCGUUUCUUCCCUUCUGCUACUUUUCUUUCGCGUGUGAACCGCUUUGGCGCUGGGCGUAUUUGAGCAUGAUUUCUUCUUUGGGCGCUAUUGGCUUGUUGGGCCCCUUUUUCAGACAGUGGACGCAGCAGCAGUAUGCAAACUCCAGAACCUUGUUCUAUGUCUGCAUGGUGAGCAGUGGGCUGUUUCCCAUCACCCAUAUCUAUUUUUUGCUCCCUGGAACCAUUUCAUCCUCGUUUGUGAAGGGGUUACUUUUGAUGAUGACCUUGUACGGAGUGGGAGUUUUUGUGUACGCCUUUCGGAUCCCCGAGUUCUUUUUCCCUGGAAAGUUUGAUUUGUAUCUCUCAAGUCACCAGAUAUGGCACGUCCUUGUUUUGGCGGCGGCGUUCGUACACUUCUUUAACAGUGCCUCCAUGUACGUCAACUUUCGGCGAAUGGAACUGAGCUGCUAG